AUGGCCGCCACCAUAACCACCGAGGCUGGCAAUGCGCCAACCCACCAAGCGUGGUGGAAGCAGAGCCACUUGGUGAAGCUCAACUCCAUCAUUCUUUCGCUUGUAUUAUUCUCCUCAGCAAACGGCUACGAUGGAGGUCUCAUGGGAUCUGUCCUCGCCCUCAACCGCUGGAACGAAUUCAUGGACUUCCCCAGCGGCGCAUACCUUGGUUGGAUAACCGCCAUCUACUGGCUCGGCAACGGCCUCAGUACGCCCUUCGCAGCCUGGUGCUCCAACCGCUACGGCCGCAAACCAGGACUUUACGCCGGUUACUUCUUUUUGAUCAUCGGUGUCGGCAUGCAAUCCGGCGCUCCCAACGAAAAGGUCUUUACCUACUCUCGACUCUUCAUCGGUCUCGCCGCUGGGUUUUUCGGAAAUUCCGCGCCGGUUCUUAUCAACGAGAUCGCAUACCCUUCGCAUCGAUCGAUCGCUAGUGCUCUGUUUAUGUGUGGUUGGUACGUGGGCGGGACAAUCUGCGCUUGGGUUACGUUUGCCUGUCGUGAUAUUCCAUCAGACUGGUCGUGGCGUAUUCCAGUUCUGCUACAGAUUUUCCUCCCUCUGUGCGCUAUUCCCGGCCUCUUUUUCUCGCCUGAAAGUCCUCGAUGGUAUGUUAGCGUCGGCCGUAUGGAAGAGGCUACUGAGGUCAUCGCCAAGUUCCAUGCGGGAGGAAAUAGGGAUGAUCCUAUUGUCACUACCCAGAUGUUGGAGAUUGAGGCAGCUAUUACCGCAGAAAAAGACGCCGCUGCAAGCGCUUCGUAUCUCGACAUGGUCCGCACCAAGGGUAACCGCCAUCGACUCUUCAUCUCUGUCACUCUCGGCUUCGUCGCCCAGUGGGCAGGUAAUGGAGUUGUUUCUUAUUAUCUGCCUCUUGUGUUGAGCUCGGUUGGCCUCAAGUCUGCGACAGAGCAGACGCUCAUCUCUGCAUGCCUCAACGUCUGGAACCUCCUCUGGGCUACUGCUGCAGCCGUGAGCUGUGACCGAUUAGGUCGACGGUUCCUUUUCUUGACUUCUGCGAGUGUCAUGUUCUUUGCCUUCGUGGUUGUCACGGCACUCAGCGCGUCAUUCGCCAAGUCGGGUGCAUCGUCUGUUGGAUUGGCUGUGGUGCCGUUCUUGUUCAUCUUUUUUGCAGGAUAUGAUGUUGGAUUGACCCCAUUCUUGGUUGCUUAUCCUUGUGAAAUUUGGCAAUUCAGCCUUCGUUCCCGUGGUCUUACAGUGGCAUGGUGUACUACGGUCGCAUCCAUCUUCUUCAAUUCUUUCGUCAACGCCAUCGCACUCGACGCUAUUGGAUGGAAAUACUAUAUCGUAUUCGCCGUCAUCCUGUUCAUCUUCAUCUUUGUUGUCUACUUCACCUACCCUGAAACUCGUGGCCACACGUUGGAGCAGAUUGCUGUUAUCUUUGAUGGUGACGAGGCGGUGCCUGCUCAGGCUGUGGCUUUGGAGAAGAAUAAGGUUGACGCAACAUAUGUCGACGACGUUGAGGCCAAGGAGUAA